AUGCCGGAAUCACGAGAAGACUACCGCGAUCGGUCGCGACACCGAUCGCCAGCAAGUCCCCCGCAUGCGAAAAGUGAGCGACGACGAAAAGAUGACGAAUACGAAAGUAGUUCGCGACGUCGGGACGAUCGUCGGAGCUCUCGACGAGAUAGCUCACGACGCCGGUCAUCCCGCAGCCCUUCAGGCCGGAGCAGCCGCAAAAGAGACGAGGAUCGUCGCCGCCGGGAGCGGAGGGAACGGGCGGAUAAUUCGGACGACGAUCGGAGAAGACGUCGGCAUCGUUCACCAGAGGAGCGCCGGCAUCGACGCCAUCGCGACCGGGAGACACACGACGAUAAGGAGAGGUCGUCGAGAAGCUAUCGGACUAAAUCCCGUUCUCGCUCACCCACAAGGCGCUCGCGUAGUCCCUCGUCACGCGACCCCGUGCGCUCUAGGGGCGCCUUGCCUUCUCAACAAGACGCCUACACAUCAGAAGUACAGAAGGACUCAUCCGCCCCGCCACCAGAAAAGGAGAAGCCCAAUUUCGCCAACACCGGGCGCUUGGCGGCUGAGAGCAAUACUGUGAACGUCAGCGGAGGCGGAACUGUGGUUCUCAAAUACCAUGAGCCUCCUGAAGCCCGCAAACCCCCCGCUAAAGACCCCUGGCGUCUCUACGUGUUUAAGGGGGAGGAUCUUCUUGAGGUGGUCGAACUGAAUGAGCGCAGCUGCUGGCUUAUAGGUCGAGAAAACCUGGUUGUGGAUUUCCCUCUGGAACACCCGAGUUGCUCCAAGCAACACGCCGCCCUCCAAUUCCGUUACGUCGAAAAGCGAAACGAGUUCGGCGAUCGAAUUGGGCGUGUCAGACCUUACCUCAUUGACCUCGAGAGUGCCAAUGGCUCGGCGGUCAACGGGGAGAAAAUUCCCGAUGGCCGAUAUGUGGAAGUGAGAGACAAGGACGUGCUCAAAUUUGGAUUGAGUACUCGAGAAUACGUUCUCAUGCUAGCUCGGACGGAUUGA